GGUUUUAAAAAUUAUGCAGGCUUACAACGACACGAGACGUCUAAACAUGCAACAUAUAAUUUAUUACCAAAUCACAUUCAGUCAAUACCGGAAUCAGAACUUCUUCAUUUGAAAAAUGCUGUAAUUAAAGAAUUACAAAAAAGACUCAAAAAUUAUCAUCGUGCUGUUGGAAAACAAUUAAGUUUUGUUAGACUUUAUAUGCCAAAAGAACGGGAUAAAUCAGAAAACUAUAAUGAAUCACAACAUAAAAAAAAAGACCAAAAACAAUCAAAAAAAUCCUGA